GUAUUCACGGGAAACCCGAUUGCAACAAAGACGCGAACGGACGAGCGACAUAACCGGGCCUGGCGCUCAGCUGAGAAGCCGUAGCGACUUGUUCUUUUUGAAGUCUGAAGUGACGUCAUGCAAUUUAUGCUUUGAAGCCGAGCGUGUUCUGUAUAUUAUGCGUGCGCGUGAGUGUGCCUGAGCGCGCACACGCCUCGCUCUCAUGAAGGCGGGAUCUGGAAGCCGCUCUCCGCGCGCACCUCUAACUGACGUUUCACGGUAACCACUUAGGCUCGCACGUGAAGCAGGAGGAAUAAAGCGCAGCGUGGACACACCCGCGGGAAACUUGUGCCAGAGAAGCGGACCUCACUGAGUUUUUUGGGUCCAACCCCUUCGCCACUCACUGCACUCGACUACACCUAUUGCCCCCGGGCAUUUAAACGCUUCGAGUGACAGCUCGCGCAUGAGAAAGAUUUCGAGCAUUUGAUCCUGGGAGAACAGAGGAGAAGAAAGAUACACUUCACAGAUUCAGAGCAAUGCAGCUUUUGUAGACUUGAAAGGUCUUUUGGCAAGUUUUAAACGAGGAGACUCGAAAUAGCAUUUACGCUUCUUGUAUUUGAGGAUCUGGCAUCCCUGCAAGAUAAAGACAUUUGACCCAGAAUUGUGAACAUGGCAUCAUCAUUGUGGCAUGGGAUGCUCUGGAGAUGGACACUGGUUCCUUCAGUCCUGGUGCUUUGUCUGUGUGGGACACACACAUUUGGAAAUGAUGAAUUCAAUGCAGAGUCCUGGCUUCGGACGUAUGGGUACCUCCCUCAGGCGAGUAGGCAGAUGUCCACUAUGAGAUCGGCUCAGAUCCUGUCCAAUGCCAUCAGUGACAUGCAGAGAUUCUAUGGCCUGGAGGUCACAGGAGUGAUGGAUCCAGGAACUAUACAUGCCAUGCAGAGGCCUCGCUGCGGGGUUCCGGAUAAGUUUGGGGGUCAAAUUAAAACGAAUGUCCGCAGGAAACGUUACGCCCUCACUGGCCACAAGUGGGACAAAACCCAUUUGACUUUUAGCAUACAGAACUAUACCCCUAAGAUCGGCGAGUACAACUCGUUCGAAGCCAUCCGUACGGCUUUCAAGGUGUGGGAGAAGGUAACGCCUCUGACGUUUGAAGAAAUUCCCUAUUUGGAGGUCAAAUAUGGCCGGCGGAAGGAACCUGACAUCAUGAUCUUCUUCGCCUCCGGUUUCCACGGUGACAGCUCCCCGUUUGAUGGCGAGGGUGGCUUCCUGGCACAUGCCUACUUUCCUGGUCCGGGGAUGGGCGGCGAUACGCACUUUGACUCCGACGAGCCGUGGACAAUUGGAAACGAGAAUUUACAAGGAAAUGAUCUGUUUCUGGUAGCAGUGCAUGAGCUGGGUCAUGCUCUGGGUCUGGAGCACUCUAAUAAUCCAUUGGCUAUUAUGGCUCCCUUCUACCAGUGGAUGGACACGGAGAACUUUCAGCUUCCAGAGGACGAUCUCAGAGGCAUCCAGCAGAUCUAUGGACCGCCUAACAGUUCCCCAACUCAGGCUCUUCCCACUGUCACCCCCCGUCGUCCCAACCCGCCCAAGAACCCACCAGGAGCCCCACCACGUCGUCCAGACAGACCCCGCACCACCGACCGGCCGGAUCAGUAUGGCCCCAACAUCUGCGAGGGCAACUUUGAUACGGUCACUGUCCUCCGCGGAGAGAUGUUUGUUUUCAAAGGUCGCUGGUUCUGGAGGGUCCGAAGAAACAGAGUACUGGAUAACUACCCUAUGCCCAUUGGACACUUUUGGAGAGGGCUUCCAGGAGAUGUUGAUGCAGCGUAUGAGAGACAUGAUGGCAGAUUUGUUUUUUUUAAAGGGGAUCGCUUCUGGAUUUUCCGGGAGGCCAACCUGGAACAAGGUUACCCUCAGGAGCUUGUAGAGUAUGGCCGGGACAUUCCUUAUGACAAGAUUGAGACGGCUAUCUGGUGGGAGCCAUCAGGCUACACUUACUUCUUUAAGGGAGACAGGUACUGGCGUUUUAAUGAGCAGUCACGCGCCGUGGACCGAGACUACCCGAAACCAAUCAGCGUUUGGGAUACGUCAGUACCCACAUCUCCCAAGGGAGCUUUCCUCAGCGAUGAUGGAGCUUACACAUACUUCUACAAAGGCAGCAAGUACUGGAAGUUCGAUAACCACCGGAUGAAGAGUGAGCCUGGAUACCCCAAAUCCAUCCUGAGAGACUUCAUGGGUUGCAACGUGGAUCUGGAUCCCGACCGAGACACCGACGUGGACCCGGGACGGAAGUGGCCCGACAGACCGCCUUUCAACCCGGACGCGGGCCGAGACAAGGACAAGGAGAAAGAAAAGGACAAGGACAAGGACAAGGAGCGCGAUCGCACCAACGACGUGGACACCAAGGAGGCGAAGGAAGAGGAGACGAACGAAGUGGACGUGGUGCUGAAGGUAGACGAAACGCAGCGCACCAUGAACAUCAUCAUGGUGACUGUGCCGCUGGUCCUGGUGCUCUGCAUCCUGGCGCUGAUCUACGCCAUCAUCAACACGCUACAGAGGAAAGGCGCACCCAAGUACUUUGUGCACUGCAAGCGAUCCCUGCAGGACUGGGUUUAAUGCGGACUCCUAGGUUUCAAAUCUGACCUCUGAACCCUUGACCUCUUUCCCCUUUUGGCCAUGUUUUUCAUCUUCCUAAUAUAUUGACAUUGCACACACACACACACACACACACACACACACACAUACCCCUUAUACUAUGUUAUCCCAUGGUGCUGUCCAAAUGCAUUGACUGUAGUCUAUUUAUAAGAGAGUUUGCACAUUUGUUAUUGUUAUUUUCCUUCAUUUCAUCAUCCCUCUCUCUUUUUUUUUUCACUUGUGCACAUUUCUUUUUAUUUCUAAACCAGGAAAUUUGUGUUAUGCUAUAAUAAACUGCCAUAUGUUUUAGGAAGCAUACUCGGGAUGAGAGAAAUACCAGAGAAACCGAAAGCAUGCGCAGUACAAAAAAAAGGGGGGAAAAAAAAGUCAGUUUCUGAGAUCGUAAUAAUCGUUCCCUUUACUCAGGAUUCAGCUGUCGUCUUUUCACUGAAUGGAGAAACCAAAUAGGAAAGACCUGUUGAAGAAAAUCGACAGUCUAAGCCUGUACUA